UCUGCGCCGCUCGCGGUGCAAGUCUUGGGGGAGUUUGAAGCCACGUUGUGCGCUAUUGCGGAUUUGCCAACUCGGACGUUAUUGAAGCAAGCAUCGAUCACUUGGUAACCCGUGACUAUGGACGACAACACCGCCCUGACGGAGUCCGAUUCGCAUGGACGGCGGGGCCGUGUGGGCCUCUACCUGGCGGUGAGCUCGGCCUGUAUUGCGACGCUGUCUUGUGGCCUGACGCUAAGCUACUCGUCGCCUGCCCUGCCGGACAUCCGACGCCGGAUGCCCUUCAGCGACAGCCAGGGGGACUGGUUUGGAUCGCUCGUCACGAUCGGAGCGCUCUUCGGGGGACUCGCAGGAGGGCAACUCGUUAACAGAAUCGGCCGGAAGGACAUAAUCCUUUUCGCUGUGCCGGGUUUUGUCCUGGGUUUCCUGCUCAUCGAGAUGCUACCCAAUCCGGGACUAAUGUUCGCCGGCCGUGCACUGACCGGCUUUUCGACGGGCAUGACGGCACUCGUGGUUCCGGUCUUCGUGUCGGAAGUCAGCCCCGCCGAUAUCCGGGGCAUCCUAAACACCGUCUGCAACAUCGCCGCCACUUCCGGAAUGCUACUGGCGUACGUCCUGGGCAAGUGGCUCGACUACAGAUGGCUGGCCACAGCGUGCAUGGUCCCCACAGUCAUCAACGUGCUCAUAAUGCCCAAGGUAGCGGAGUCUCCCCGCUGGCUUUUCCAGUCCGGGCGCUCGGAGGAAGCCAUGAGGUCUCUGCAGUUCUACGAAGGCGACGGCGCCAAGGAGAGCUUCGAGAUGCUGCAGUCCCACUCGUCCGUCCCUGAGGCGUUCUCACUGGCCGUCUUCAAGCUUCCGCACAUUUACAAGCCCUUCUUAUGCGUGCUCUUUGGUAUGAUCCUCCAGCAGUUCUCCGGCAUCAGCAUUGUGCUGUUCUACACCCAAGACAUCUUCGAGACGGCGGGGUCGACGAUAGCGUCCGCAGACAGUGCCAUCAUCGUCGGCGGGGUGCAGGUCGCGUGUGGGGUCUUGGGCACUUUGCUCAUUGAUCGUCUCGGCCGGAAGAUACUUCUGCUAUUUUCUUGUAGCGUGUGCUGCUUAAGCCUGGUCGUCCUGGGGGCCUUUUAUCACCUCAAGGACAGCGUCGGGCCUAGCUUCGUCGCGGCGUACGGCUGGCUGCCACUGUUGGCGUUGUGUGUGUUCAUGCUGGGCUAUUCUGUGGGGCUGGGCCCGUUGCCGUGGAUGUUGAUGGGCGAAAUGCUGCCGCCGGACAUCAAGGGCUUUGCGACGGGCAUCUCGACCGCCUUCAACUUCGGGUGUGGCGCCCUGAUCGCGAGAGAGUAUCACUCCGCGAUGUACUUAUUGGGUAACGACGGUUUGUACUGGUUCUACGGUGCUAACAUGGCGCUAGGGUUUUUGCUGGUGCUGCUUUUUAUUCCAGAGACGAAAGGAAAGACGCUGGAAGAGAUCGAGGUGUCGUUUGGGAAGACACGCCAGCCUGCGAUACCGAGAGCAACGUUUGAUUUGAUUAACGCUUAAACAUGGCCUGCCUUAGGGUGGAAAAGUGAUGGCAUGUUCCGUAAGCUGAGGCUGCAGCCAAAACUGCAAGCAUGAGCUAGCCCGUACCCCUGUAUUUCGGACGUGGCUUUCUAUCGCGAGUGCUUGUUCGGCGAAAGAAUGCUUCAGAUCCGUGACCACGUGCUCUUGUGCUUGUAACAUUGGAAGCGGUUAAAGCCACUAUAUGAGCUACGCUUAGAGUAUUGGCACUCGGUUUCCCAGUAUUGUUCUGGGCGACGCUUUCUUGGUGCUUGUGUAGAACAUACGCAACCAACUUUAUUGGUAUACCAUCUGCACCUGUUGAUGUACCCCCAGGAACCCCCCGUUCUGCUCUUUCCUAUUUUUUUUUGUCCUUCUCUGGUAAGGCGCUUCCCAUCUAUCCUUGCUGCUUUAACUUCUGUGUUAUUACUGCUCCUAUAUAUGGCUUGCAUGUGACGUCAUAUGGCACUGUACCAGCCGUCAUUGCACCAUACCACGCUCCUGUGCCCGUAUCCUCUGCAGCAUACAUGUCGCAAAAUCCGAAUUUGUUAUUUUUAAAAAGGCUGUCGGAGAAGAAGAACAGAUUCGAUGGUGCCAAAUGUAUGCCGCAAAAGGUACGGACACUGGACCAUUAUACGGAGCAAUGGCGGCUGACGUGACAUCAAUGCAAGCCCUAUAUAUAUAUCAUUGCCACAUCGCCUUCAAGCUGACUACCCUCAGGCAUGACAAUAUACUGCUCUGACUUUGGUUUACUUUAUGACUUAGUGAAUUCAAGUGGUUCCAAAACUUUGUGGCUGCCUUUCUAUAUUUUAUAUUUACUUUAGACAGCCAUUGUGACCCCCCGCCCUUCCCCCCCCCCCCUCCAAUUUGAAUCUUUUAAAUUCCAACCUCUUGUUGACCUCACUUUCUGGUUCCCCAUUGCACUGAGAGUAUAUGUGUUUUCAGAAAGCUUCUUGACGUUUCUCAAUUGCCUUCUUUACGUCAUCGUCCCACCAGCUCUUAGAUUUCCGUCUUCGCUUGCCCCUUCUUUUAUUGCAUACAUUAGACAGCUCUUGUUCGAAUAGCUUAGUUAGCCUUGGGUAACUUCAAUCCUUUUGAGUAUCCCCAGAAAUUAUCUCCUAUUUUCUUAACGACUAUACUUUUGACUGCUUCUCUGUAUAAAAUGUUUGGUCUGGUUUGUCUUGCUCUGUCCUUGCGUUUCCUUCCCCAGUAAAGCUCAGCUUAAUUCGUUUGUGAUCACUACCGAGGCUUCUUGAACUCUCUUCAUCUAUUUUCAUUGUCUGUAGCCUACUAUACAUUCCAUUUGACAUCAGUGUGUGAUUUACUGUACAAUAUAUACUACCCGUUUCCCAUGUUCUUAGCCAGUCAGACUUCUCACCGGUAUUGCAUAAACAUACUAAGUAAUGUCUUUCACACAUUUCCAGGAGCAUGUUUCUUGUCGAAUCUGUGUACCCAUCCAGGUCUUCUAAAUAAGCAUCUAAAUAAGCCUUUAUGUCCCCUAGGAUAAUUACUUCGUGAUGUUCUCCUAGUUAAAUAAUGUAUUUUGAAAUACAUUCUACCACUUUGCUGUUCUCCUCUUUAGCAUUUACCCCUAGAUUUGUGUUCAGAGGUACACAAAUCUAAGAAGGACCGGUACCCCUGAAAGCCCCUUUUAGCCAUCAAUGUUCCGUGCGUUCUUCUCCGACUCUAUGCCACUCAGCACUUUUUCUAAAACACGCUCCAAUCCCGCCUCUUUUCCUGCUGCCCUCCGUUUCAUUGCUGUGUUCCAUGUGUAAUCAGGAUUGUAAGGGGGUUGCUCGGCGUCUCUAAGAUACGUCUCAACUAACCCAUAUAUACAAUUAAAUCUUCCUUUCUUAGUUUCUCUUCUGUAUCCUCUCAUUUUAACCUGCUCGUACCUCUCUCUGUAUGUUUACGUAUGCUACAUCUGCUCGCUCUACUUUUGCGCUGAAGUCUCUUGCUCUUACACUUCCUAUCUCGCUUACUCUUUGGUACUUCUUCCACCACCCAACCCCCCCCCCCCCCCUC